AAACGCGAAAAUUAUAUGAAAUCAGAUAUGAAUGAUUCAAAGUCAAAAAACAAUGGUACAGUUACAGCUCAAAAUAGUGAUAAAAACACAUUGAUAUCUUCAACUACUAAAUCAUUUCAUAAUAAAAUUGUGCUCAAAAUAGGACAAAAAUCAAAUUGUGAUAUAAAAAUUACUCCAGAUUCUUCCAAAACUCAAAAGGAUGAUUAUAAAAAAGCCAUUGUCGCUAUUAUAGAAAGAUCUGAUCAACCAAUUACUGUAAAAAAGGUGUUAAAAAUUUUUGAAAAUAAAUACGGUUUUACCUUUCCAUUUCAAACUCUUUCAUGUGGAACAUGCAUGGACUUUUUUCGCCUGCAUCCAGAUUUGUUUAAAUUGGAAGAUCAAUGCUCUACAAACAGUAUUGUAAGUUUAGAAAAACAAAUAAUAUCCAAACCUAAAGUAACUAUUAGAAGAAUCUUUAAAAAAGCAUCUAUAUUUGAAAAUGAUGCUGUUACCAAUUCAAAAUACAAUAUAAAUCAGAGUAAGAUUAUAUCUGAACUUUUAUCAAACAAAAAUGAUGAUCAGAAAUCUAAAGAUAUUACAAUAGAUAAUUCAUGCCAACUAGAAUGUGAAAAGUCAGUAAAUUCGUAUGAAAUAUAUGAUGCUGAUACAGUAUUGGAUACAAUGAAAGUAAAAAUGCGCCAAAUUUUAAGUAAACAUAAAGAUGGUAUAUUAUGUAGCKAUUUUAUGAAUGUUUAUGGUGUAAGUAUUCGAUGAAAUGAUUUUUUUAUUCACUCACAUAACAUUUACAACUCUAUUAACAAUAGCACCAAAUUAAAUUAUCCUAAUAUUAGAUAAAAAAAUUAAAUAAUUUUUACUAGUAUGAAUUAACAUUUUGAGUUUUAAACGAGAUGUCACAUUAUGAGGUCACCACACCUACAUAUUAUGUUAUCUCUAUCUUACAAAUGUGCAAUAUAGCAAAAACUGUUUUUUACGGAAAAGAACCCAAAAAGCUACAGUCAUAACUAAGAAACAAAAUGUUUACAUAAAAAACCUGAUAGAUCAUAACCAGUGGUGUAGUGGAGGGUACACGGCGUGUACCCACCUCCUAAUUUUAUAAUUAUGCRUGUACCUUUAACGAAAAUCGUAGUACGCGGGUACACGGAACAUAAAUAAGAUGAAUUAACGUUACCCAUCAAAUAAUAUAUAUAUUUAUUAAAUUUUGAUAUUUAAUAAGUAAAAAAAGAUAAGCGUAA